AUGAGUUCUCCAUCGUCGCUCAAGCUGCUGGCAAUAAAAAGUCUGCUGAAAGAUGAAGCCUUGUCUCUCUCUGCUCUGAAGACCUUGCCCAUGGAACUCUUCCCGCCAGUAUUUAAAGUCGCCUUCGAUAGCAAACAAAGGAACAUCCUGAGGGCCAUGGUGGCAGCCUGGCUGUUCAGAUGCCUUCCUGUGGGAGCCCUGAUGAAGACUUCUGACCUGGAGAUUUUGAAGGCUGUGCUGGAUGGCCUUGACCUGCUGAUUAAGCAGAAGGCUCAACCUAGGGCUUGCAAACUAGAAGUGCUUGAUCUUUGGGAUUCCCAGCACAACUUCUGGAAGGUGUGGGCUGGAACAGAGGAUGUUGGGUGCUCUCCAGAUGUCAUUAGUGAGAGGCAAUCAGCGGUGCGUCAUACCAUAAGACGGGGAAAACAGGUUGUGACUGUGAAGAUGAACCUUUCCCUCAAGUCCAGGGAUCUCUGUAAAUCCCUAAAAUAUUUCCACUGGUGGGCCAAGCAGAGGAAAGAUGUGGUGCAGGUGAUCUGUGAAAAGCUGGGGUUUGGGGGCCUCACUGUCUAUAAGCCCCUCAAACUGCUGGAGGUAUUUGAGCAAAGCUCUAUACAGGAGUUGGAACUGAAUGCACGCUGGGACCUGAGAAAACUUGCGAUGUUUGCCGCUGGCCUGGGUCAGAUGAGAAAUCUUCAGAAACUCUUUAUCAAUGAAAUCUUCACACCUUUGGAGUGGUUUAGGGACCAAGAGAGGAAAGAAUGGUGUUUUACAGAGAUCAUUUUGUAGUUCUCCCAACUCAACAAGCUCAAGAAUCUCUAUUUGAAUGGUGUCUUCUUCCUCCAUGGUAGACUGGACCGAGUGCUCAGGAACUUGGAGAGUCCUUUAGAGAUCCUUGCAAUCACUCGCUGCAUGCUAUCAGAAGCAGAUAUGAUGUAUCUUUCCCAGUGUCUAAGCGUCCAUCCACUCACACAUCUGGACCUGAGUGGAUUUUAA